AGGGUGGGCUGGGUGCUGCGGCCCGGCGGCCAGGGCGACAGGGGGAGCCUCCGUGCGGGCGGUGGGAACGUGCCUCGGAUCACCCACCCUCCGUGUCACCGCUGCACCGGCCGGCGCUGACGAUGGACCGAGAGCCGGGCCGCGCGGCGGCUGGAGAGACUGAGGCGGCGGCCGCCGCGGCGUUCGGGGACGCGACGCGGCAGAUGAGCAGUGAAAGGGGCUUUGAGAAUGUGGAGCUGGGAGUCAUAGGGAAGAAGAAGAGAGUUCCGCGGAGGGUCAUCCACUUCGUUAGCGGAGAAACCAUGGAGGAGUACAGCACCGACGAGGAUGAAGUCGACGGCCUCGAGAAGAAGGAUGUGCUGCCCACUGUCGACCCGACAAAGCUUCCCUGGGGCCCCUACUUAUGGUUCCACAUGCUUCGGGCUGCCACCUCCACCCUCUCAGUGUGUGACUUUCUUGGAGAGAAGAUUGCAUCGGUUCUGGGCAUCAGCACCCCAAAAUACCAGUAUGCCAUUGAUGAGUAUUACCGGAUGAAGAAGGAGGAGGAGGAGGAAGAAGAGGAAAAUAGGAUGUCUGAAGAAGCAGAAAGACAAUUCCAGCAAAACAAGAUGCAGGCCAACUCCAUUGUACAGACGGAUCAGCCAGAAACAGUGGUGUCCACCUCAUUUGUGAACGUCAACUUUGAGAUGGAGGAAGACUGUGAAGUAAUUGCAGAACGGAAACAGCAGCCAGCCUCUGUCCCACCAUAGGACAAAAUGACGUGUAUUAAGUGUUACACCCUAAACGUCAAUCAAGAACUUUUUACAUUUUGUUUAGUGGGACUGAAAACAACUAUUUAUAUUUUAAAUUAUUAAGGGAAAAUCUUUCUUCAUUUUUAUGCUCUAUCUAUUACCGUCAGAUCUGAAGUCGGGAUGUUUUGAUUAUGGUAAAUUAGGGGUCGCCCCACCCCUGCCUGCCCUGUGCUGGGGAGCAAACCUAGGGCUUCUUUCACACACACUAACCACGUGCUGUCACUAAGCCCAGCGCUUUGAUUUAAAAAAAAAAAAUCAUCUUUUAUAAAACAAAAGGACAUUUAGCUAGGCAUGAUAACACACACCUUUCAUCCUAGCACUAGGGAGGCCUGUGGUUCUGUGUGAGUUCAAAGCCUACCUGGUCAACACAGUGAGCUUUAGCCUCGCCAGUGAGAUUCUGUCUCAAAAAAACAAAACAAAAACAGAAACUGAAGGCAUUGUACAUUAAAAGGGGGGUUAAAUUGUUCAUUAAGGUUUUUGGAGUGGGGGCAUUUUUUUUAAAGUAGUGAUAACUCAUCUUUGGAGCUAAUAAUAAUCCUGACAGCCCGAGAGUAAAGUUCCCUGUGUUUCAUGCUUUCCCUUCCGUGCAUGUAACACACAUCACUUCCCACAAGGGUAGGUCAGCGGAUAAAAGCAGCAGGAUGGAAGCACUGUCGAUUGCUUCUUGUUGAGAUUUUUUUUUUUUGAGACAGGGUUCCUCUGUGUAGCCCUGGCUGUCCCAGAUCUGUAGACCAGGCUGGCCUCGAACUCACAGAUCUCCCUGUCUCUGCUCAACCACUACCCGGCUUUGUUGAGAGCAUUUAUGGAAAAGUGCUGAAUGUACUAAAGAUUAAGAUGGUUCUCAUUUCCACUACACAUCACUCUCGAAGUUUUAGUAGUAGUUUGCUCUGAUCACAGAUUAACACUGGUCACUGAAUUUGGAGUUGUAGUCUGGCGUUGGUCCCCAGUGACUGCCCCAUGGCUGGCACCUUGGGUAUCAGACUUACCCCUUUCUGCACCACAGGCAGGGUAGCGGGGAGAUGAGGAAUUGGUACCAGGUUGGUCUUGUUCACCAUUUUGAAGUCACAGUCAUGAGCUGGAUCGUUGAUGUGAACCAGGUUCGGCCCUCUCUCCUUGCUAGGUUAUCCUUUACAAAGUUGUGUAAUGAGUGUAAUUUAAGAAAUACUCCUACAUAUGUGUUCAGAACCUUUUAUCUGUUUAACUUUGAUUUAUAACCAAAUGUGGAUAAAGAGAAAGUGGACAGUGUUCUAGAUGCUGACCACAGCCUUUAGAAAUUACCUCUUAAACUCGCCUUCUAA